GGUCCGCCUGGUUCGGAGCUGUUUACAUGUGAGAGCUCCUGGUCGGUCCUGAGGAUGAUCAAGACCGAGAAGGUUCUGCACCUGAAGAGCAGCCGCGGCCGGAAGGUUCGGGUGGUUCGGGAGCACUACCUGCGGGAACGGGUUCCCUGCUUCAGCGCGCUGUGCCAGGCGGGCUGCGAGAACGAUGGUAAAGUUCUGCCCGGAGACCUAACCCACUACGUGGUUCCGGACGCCGAGGUGGUACUGAACUACCUGGAGGUUCUGGAGCUGGUGGAGCUGCAGGGGGUCGUGUUCACGCAGACGGCCUGUCAGGCUCUGCACAGCAAGGGCCGCAGGUUCUACAACCGUCUGAGGAACCUGCUGAAAGACCCGCGGCAUGACUGCGUCCUGUUUGCUAACGAGUUCCAGGAGUUCUCCUACUGCCCCAGAGAGAAAGGAGAGAGCCAGGAGAAAUGGCAGACCAGGUGUGUGUACGCCGCUGCUGUGUGGUACUACAACCACCUGGCUGGGAUGAUGAACCUGGUGAUGAUCACUGAGGACCCGGACGCCGUGACCCGGUUCUGCAGCCUCCACUCUGGAGUUUACGUCAUCAGCGUCCAGGAGUACCUGCAGAGCUUCUGGCCGGCGCUGCAGGCCGCCCACGAUCUGUACGGAUCCGUCCGCCAGGCACUGCAGGAGAAGGAGGCCGACGGCUCGCAGGAGUUCCCGGAACAUUUACCUGCUCAGGUUCUGGAGGCCGGGAUCAAGUCCGGACGCUUCGUCCAGGGAACCCUGAACGUGAGCAAACAUCGCGCUCAGAACGAAGCCUUUGUCACCAGCGACGGUUUGUCCUCUAAGAGCCCAGACCUGAGCGCCGGCGUACUGGUGGCGGGUUCUAAGAGCCGGAACCGGGCCGUGCACGGCGACCUGGUGGCGGUGGAGCUGCUGCCCCGAGCCGAGUGGCGAGGGAAGGUCACGGCUCUGAGCGAGGCGGCGGACGAGCGGAGCGACGACGAGACCAAGCCCGUGCCGACAGGUCGCGUUGUGGGGAUCCUGCAGAGGAACUGGAGGGACUACGUGGUGACCUUUCCCCCCCGGGACGCGGCGCAGGCCCAGAGUCGGGCCCAGCGCGUCCUGGCGGUUCCCUGGGACCGCCGGAUCCCCAAGGUCCGGAUCAGCACCCAGCAGGCCGACGCGCUGCAGGACCACAGGGUGGUGGUUCGGAUCGACUCGUGGCCCAGCACGUCGCUCUAUCCCAACGGACACAGCGUGCGGGUUCUGGGCCGGGCCGGGCAGCUGGAGACGGAGGUCCAGACGGUCCUGAUAGAGAACUGCAUCCACGUGGCGCCGUUCUCCGAAGCCCAGCUCAGGGAGAUGCCGGUGAAUUCCCCGGAGAAGCCGUGGGCGGCGGAUCCGGCCGAGGCGGCGGCGCGCCGGGACCUGAGGCGGACCCACCUGGUGUUCAGCAUCGACCCGCCGGGCUGCGAGGACGUGGACGACACGCUGUCGGUGCGGCGCCUGGACGGCGGGAAGCUCCUGGAGCUGGGCGUCCACAUCGCCGACGUCACGCACUUCGUCAGGGAGGGAUCGCUCACCGACCUGGAGGCCCGGUCCAGAGCCACCACCUACUACCUGGCGGACCGCCGCUAUGACAUGCUGCCUGCUGUCCUCAGCGCUGACCUUUGCUCCCUGCUGGGCGGGGUCGACAGGUUCGCCAUGAGCGUCGUGUGGGAGCUGGACGCUCGCAGCCUGGCCGUCACCAAGGUGUGGUUCGGCCGGACCCUGAUCCGCUCCUCCUACCAGCUGCACUACGAGCUGGCCCAGGCGCUGCUGAACGGGGAACGGGUCCAGGUUCCUGAGCUGGCCCGGCUCGACCGAGAGCGGGACGCCAAGCUGAGCGAGCUCAUCCAGGCGCUGGAGACGCUGACGCACAUCGCCAGACACCUGCGGGCUCAGGACCGAGGAGGAGCGCUGGAGCUGGAGGGGGUGGAGGUCCGAGCCCAGCUGGACCAGGACAAGAACAUCACGGCGCUGGUUCCCCGCCAGCCCCUGGAGGUCCAUGAGACCGUGGCAGAGUGCAUGAUCUACGCCAACCACUGGGUGGCGCGCAAGAUCCAGGAGGCCUUCCCCUACCAGGCCCUGCUGAGGCGCCACCCGCCGCCGCGCCAGGAGCUGUUCAGCCAGCUGGUGGACACGGCCCGGGCCAGGGGGUUCUCCAUCGACACCAGGACCAACAAGGCCUUGGCCGACUCUCUGGACCGAGCCGUGGACCCCGAGGACCCGCUGGUGAACCGGCUCCUCAGAAUGAUGGCCACUCAGGCCAUGUCUCAGGCCGUGUACUUCUCCACUGGAGCUCAGCCUGAGGACCAGUUCUACCACUACGGUCUGGCUCUGGACCGCUACACUCACUUCACCUCCCCGAUCCGCCGCUACGCCGACAUGGUGGUGCACCGCCUGCUGACCGCCGCGCUGCAGCUGGAGCAGGAAGCCGAGCCUGGCAAACCGCCGGCCGGCAACAAGGACAUGGAGGAGCUGGCAGAGCACAUCAACAGCAGGAACCGGGCGGCCCAGCGAGCCCAGAACCUUUCCACCGGACUCUUCCAGUGCCUCUUCUUCAAAGAGCGCGACCCGGAGACCGACCCGCGCUGCGUGGCGGACGCCAUCAUCUACUCCAUCAGGGACAACGGCGUGCUGGUCUUCAUUCCAGAGUACGGAGUGAAGGGUCCGGUCUACAUGAGGAACAAGGAGGGCCUGGUGCUGACGGCCGGCCCGGACGGUACCUGUGAGUGGCAGAGCGGCUCGGUUCGCCGCUCCUCGGACCACAUCACCACCACGUCUGGCUGCGGCAGCGCCACCUUCAGGCUGUUUGACCACAUUACGGUCCGGAUCUCGGUCCUCUCCUCUAACUGCCACGCCGACACGCUGACCCUGCAGGUCAUCAGCAACCAGCCGCACCUCGGCGCGCCGCGGCCCGGUUCACCGCGGCCCGGCUCGCCGCGCCGCAGCCAGCUGGUGCAGGAGGUGGUGCGGCUGGCCGGGGAGGUGCAGGAGAAGGCGGCGCGUCGACCCGAACUCUCCAAGGAGGAGCGGGAGUUCCGGCAGAGCAGAACCCCCAACCUGUACUCCCUGCUGGAGGAGAUCCGGGAGCUGGCGCUGAUGGACCCAGACGCUGCCGCGCGGGCCGGCACCGUGACGGCGUAG